AUGGACCGGACGCCGGAGCUGCUCUUCUACGUUAACGGCCGCAAGGUGACAGAAAAAAAUGUUGAUCCUGAGACAAUGCUGUUGCCUUAUCUGAGGAAGAAGCUCCGACUCACAGGAACCAAGUAUGGCUGUGGAGGAGGAGGCUGUGGUGCAUGUACAGUGAUGAUAUCACGAUAUAAUCCCAUCACCAAGAGAAUAAGGCAUCACCCAGCCAAUGCCUGUCUGAUUCCCAUCUGUUCUCUGUAUGGUGCUGCUGUCACCACAGUAGAAGGCAUAGGAAGCACCCACACCAGAAUUCAUCCUGUUCAGGAGAGGAUCGCCAAGUGUCACGGCACCCAGUGUGGCUUCUGCACACCUGGGAUGGUGAUGUCCAUCUACACCCUGCUCAGGAACCACCCAGAGCCCACUCUGGAUCAAUUAACUGAUGCCCUUGGUGGUAACCUGUGCCGUUGCACUGGAUACAGGCCCAUAAUUGAUGCAUGCAAGACUUUCUGUAAAACUUCAGGUUGCUGUCAAAGUAAAGAAAAUGGGAUUUGCUGUUUAGAUCAAGGAAUCAAUGGAUUGCCAGAAUUCGAGGAAGGAAGUGAGACGAGUCCAAAACUCUUCACAGAAGAGGAGUUUCUGCCAUUGGAUCCAACCCAGGAACUGAUAUUUCCUCCUGAGCUAAUGGUAAUGGCAGAGAAACAGCCCCAAAGGACCAGGGUGUUUGGCGGUGAGAGAAUGGUGUGGUUUUCCCCCGUGACCCUGAAGGAACUGCUGGAAUUGAAAUUCAAGUAUCCCCAGGCCCCUGUUGUUAUGGGAAACACUUCUGUGGGGCCUGAAGUGAAAUUUAAAGGUGUCUUUCACCCAGUUAUAAUUUCUCCUGAUAGAAUUGAAGAACUCAGUGUUGUAAUCCAUGCAUCUACUGGACUCACCCUUGGUGCUGGUCUCAGCCUAGCCCAGGUGAAGGACAUUUUGGCUGAUGUGGUCCAGAAGCUUCCAGAGGAGAAGACACAGAUGUACCAAGCUCUCUUGAAGCAUUUGAGAACUCUGGCUGGGUCCCAGAUCAGAAACAUGGCUUCUUUAGGGGGACACAUCAUUAGCAGGCAUCCAGAUUCAGAUCUGAAUCCCCUCCUGGCUGUGGGUAACUGUACCCUCAACUUGCUAUCAAAAGAAGGAAAACGAGAGAUUGCUUUAAAUGAGCAGUUCCUCAGCAAGUGCCCUAAUGCAGAUCUUAAGCCUCAAGAAAUCUUGAUCUCAGUGAACAUCCCCUACUCAAGGAAGUGGGAAUUUGUGUCAGCCUUCCGACAAGCCCAGCGGCAAGAGAAUGCACUAGCGAUAGUCAAUUCGGGAAUGAGAGUCUUUUUUGGAGAAGAGAAUGGCAGUAUUAGAGAAUUAUCCAUCUCAUAUGGAGGCAUUGGUCCAACCACCAUCUGUGCCAAGAAUUCCUGCCAGAAAGUCAUUGGAAGGCUCUGGAAUGAAGAAAUGCUGGAUACAGCUUGCAGGCUUGUUCUGGAUGAAGUCUGUCUUCCGGGCUCAGCUCCAGGUGGGAAGGUGGAGUUCAAGAGGACCCUCAUCAUCAGCUUCCUCUUUAAGUUCUACCUGGAAGUGUCACAGAUUUUGAAAAAGAUGAACUCAGUUCACUAUCCUAGCCUUGCAGACAAGUAUGCGAGUGCUUUAGAAGAUCUUCAUUCCAGACAUCACUGCAGCACAUUAAAGUACCAGAAAAUAGGCCCAAAGCAGCAUCCCGAAGACCCAGUUGGCCACCCCAUCAUGCAUCUGUCUGGUGUGAAGCAUGCCACGGGGGAGGCCAUCUACUGUGAUGACAUGCCUCCGGUGGACAAGGAACUUUUCUUGACUUUUGUGACUAGUUCAAGAGCUCAUGCUAAGAUUGUGUCUAUUGAUCUGUCAGAAGCUCUCAGCAUGCCCGGUGUAGUGGAUAUCAUGACAGCAGAACAUCUUGGUGACGUCAAUUCCUUCUGCUUUUUCGCCGAAACUGAGACACUUCUGGCAACAGAUAAGGUGUUCUGUGUGGGUCACCUUGUCUGUGCCGUGCUUGCUGAUUCUGAGGUUCAGGCAAAGCGAGCUGCUAAGCGAGUAAAGAUUGUCUAUCAAGACUUGGAGCCACUGAUCCUAACAAUUGAGGAAGCUAUACAGCACAACUCCUUCUUCAAGCCAGAAAGGAAACUGGAAUAUGGAAAUGUUGAUGAAGCAUUUAAAAUGGUUGAUCAUAUUCUUGAAGGUGAAAUACAUAUGGGAGGUCAAGAACAUUUUUAUAUGGAAACCCAAAGCAUGCUUGUGGUACCCAAAGGAGAGGAUCAAGAAAUGGAUGUCUACGUGUCCACACAGUUUCCCAAAUAUAUACAGGACAUAGUUGCCUCAACCUUGAAGCUCCCAGCUAACAAGGUCAUGUGUCAUGUAAGGCGUGUUGGUGGAGCGUUUGGAGGGAAGGUGUUCAAGACUGGAACCCUUGCAGCCGUCACCGCAUUUGCUGCAAACAAACAUGGCCGUGCAGUUCGCUGUGUUCUGGAACGAGGAGAAGACAUGUUAAUAACUGGAGGCCGCCAUCCUUACCUUGGAAAGUACAAAGCUGGAUUCAUGAAUGAUGGCAGAAUCUUGGCCCUGGACAUGGAGCAUUAUAACAAUGCAGGCACCUCCCUGGAUGAAUCAUUAUUGGUAAGUGUCUUAAGGAGCAAGUUACAAGUUUCCCAACUGCGCUGCCGGGGUUGGGCAUGCAGAACCAACCUUCCAUCCAACACGGCUUUCCGUGGGUUUGGAUUUCCUCAGGCAGGGCUGAUCACUGAAUCUUGUAUCGUGGAAGUUGCAGCCAAAUGUGGACUGUCCCCCGAGAAGGUGCGAAUGAUAAACAUGUACAAGGAAAUUGAUCAAACACCCUACAAACAAGAGAUCAAUGCCAAGAACCUGGCCCAAUGUUGGAGAGAAUGUAUGGCCAUGUCUUCCUACUCCCAGAGGAAAGUGGUUGUGGAAAAAUUCAACAUGGAGAAUUACUGGAAGAAGAAAGGACUGGCCAUGGUCCCCUUGAAGUUUCCUGUCGGCCUUGGCUCCCGCGCUGCUGGUCAGGCUGCUGCCUUGGUUCACAUUUAUCUUGACGGCUCAGUGCUGGUCACUCACGGUGGAAUUGAAAUGGGGCAGGGGGUCCACACUAAAAUGAUUCAGGUGGCCAGCCGUGAAUUAAGAAUGCCAAUGUCAAAUGUCCACCUGCGUGGAACAAGCACAGAAACCGUCCCUAAUGCAAAUAUCUCUGGAGGUUCUGUGGUGGCAGAUCUCAAUGGGUUGGCAGUAAAGGAUGCCUGUCAAACUCUUCUAAAACGCCUUGAACCCAUCAUCAGCAAGAAUCCUAAAGGAACUUGGAAAGACUGGGCGGAGACUGCUUUUAAUGAAAGCAUUAGUCUUUCAGCUGUUGGAUACUUCAGGGGUUAUGAGUCAGACAUGAACUGGGAGAAAGGCGAAGGCCAUCCCUUCGAAUACUUUGUUUAUGGAGCUGCCUGUUCCGAGGUGGAAAUAGACUGCCUGACGGGGGAUCAUAAGAACAUCAGAACAGACAUUGUCAUGGAUGUUGGCUGCAGUAUAAAUCCAGCCCUUGACAUCGGCCAGAUUGAAGGUGCAUUUAUUCAAGGCAUGGGACUGUAUACAAUAGAGGAACUGAAUUAUUCUCCCCAGGGUGUUCUGCACACUCGUGGUCCAGACCAAUAUAAAAUUCCUGCCAUCUGUGACAUGCCCACACAGUUGCACAUUUCUUUGUUGCCUCCCUCUCAAAACUCAAAUACUCUUUAUUCAUCUAAGGGUCUGGGAGAGUCGGGGGUCUUCCUGGGAUGUUCCGUGUUUUUCGCUAUUCACGAUGCGGUGAGUGCAGCGCGAUGGGAAAGAGGACUACGCGGACCCUUAAGGCUUAAUAGUCCCCUGACACCGGAGAAGAUUAGGAUGGCCUGUGAAGAUAAGUUCACAAAAAUGAUUCCAAGAGAUGAACCUGGAUCCUAUGUUCCUUGGAAUGUGCUCAUCUAA